AUGGCUGCUCCCGGUACUGUUGUCUUUGUCCCUUGGACUAUUCCGUUCAAUCCCGUCAGCCCCGAUGGACGCGUCAUUGCGCAGAAGGAUGCGAUCAAGCUGGUGGAAGAUAGGAUCGCGUUCGCCUUACGUCUUGAGCAAAGCAAGACGGAGGCAGAGCGGUUCCUCAGCGCCCUCGAAGCGGCCGGCAAGCUACGCAUCCCGAAGGAGAACGCAUUCUGGAUCUCACUCUGUGAAUCAUACCGGUGGCAAUUCUUUGAGCACCAGCACAGGUGCCAGAGGUUGACAGAGUACAUUGUGCACCUCCAUUCCAACUACGCCAGGUGUCGCCUCUCGGGUUCCCUGCCCUUCACCCCUCCGCCCAUGCCGGAGGAAAUUUCCCUGUACGUUGAAUAUAUGAGGAGGGUGGGCGGUGUUGGAUACUAG